CAUACCUGUCAGUCUUGGUAACUCACAGAUCUACUCAUUCGGCUCAGACCAUGCCAAUGGUUUUCAGGAAUCAUCACGUCAGAACCAUCCGUAUUGUUGAAUUAUCUGUUUCACACUCUCCAACUCCAGGCCGAUACCCAGGUAGUUGUAUCGGAGCUGCGGGACUCACCCGGGUCUAACCCCAUCAGGUUGUUUCAUAAUCGUCCGCCAUUGGCCACUCCGCGGCUAUUUUCGAGAGCACUAUUAACUUACAGCCACACCCUCUGCCACCGUUCACAUACACAGCAGCACACUCCCUCAAAGUCCCACGACUUCCGCUCACCUCCUCCUCCUCCUCGACCUCACAGGCAGAACUCUCUGUCUGCCCCCACAUCACCUUGAUGCGGUUCCUCAGCACCCCCCUCCCCGCGCUCUCGCUCUCCGCCCUCCUCAUCACCUCCGCCUCCGCGCAAGCCCUAGGCAUCCAGGUGACCAAAGCCGUCGACUGCCAACGCAAAACCGAGUCCGGGGACCGGAUAUCCGUCAACUACAAGGGCACGCUCGAGAGCGAUGGCAGCACGUUCGACUCCAGCUACGACCGCGGCGUCCCCUUCACGUUCAAGCUCGGCGCCGGCCAGGUGAUCAAAGGAUGGGAUCAGGGUCUGCUGGGCAUGUGCAUUGGCGAGGGCAGGAAGCUGAUUAUUCCGCCGUCGUUUGGGUACGGGCAGGAGGCUAAUGGCGCCAUUCCUGCGGGUUCGACGUUAGUAUUCGAGACCGAACUUAUGGGAAUCCAGGGCGUGGAUCCGGAACCUCAACCUCAACGACCGACGAGACCGGAUACAAAGCCCCAAGGAUCGUCGGCAGCGGAGACUAAUACGGAUCCUACGCCAUCUCCUGUGGAGUCGAAGCCAGCAUCAACUUCUGUUCCUGACGUGCAAGCAGCACAACCGACAGCGACCGAUAUGAGCCCCAUGGACGAGAACGACAACGAGUGCCACUUGUUGGGCUCCUACGCUCUGAUCGUGCAAGGCGCGCUUGGACUUUUGGCGGUGUCAUCGUUGGUGUAUAAGAGGUGGCGCGAGACUCCGCGACGACCGCUGAAGAUCUGGUUCUUCGAUGUGUCGAAGCAGGUUUUCGGCUCGGUUCUGCUGCAUCUUGCGAAUAUCGUCAUGUCGAUGUUCUCGUCUGGGAAGUUCGAUGUUGCUGCAAAGACUGUUGCUGAGGAUGGUCAACAACCUAACCCAUGCUCUUUCUACCUCCUUAACCUUGCAAUUGACACGACCAUCGGAAUUGCCAUUCUCGUAGUACUCCUCAAGCUCAUCCACAAGGGCGCCGCCCUGACACCUCUCGCCAACCCGCCCGAGUCCAUCCGGUCCGGCAACUACGGCCAGCCAGCACGCGCAACCUGGUGGCUCAAGCAAUCCUUCCUCUACUUCCUCGGCCUCCUCGGCAUGAAGUUCUGCGUAUUCCUCAUCUUUCAGCUGCUCCCGUGGAUCGCGUGGGUCGGUGACUGGGCGCUGCGCUGGACGGAGGGAAACACGACGCUCCAAAUCACCUUCGUCAUGUUCAUCUUCCCGCUCAUCAUGAACGCGAUACAGUACUGGAUCAUCGACGGCUUCAUCAAGGACCCCGCGGGCAACGACAGCCACUACGCGAGCGUCGAGUCCGACGAGUCCGACAACGAGUCCGACGACGACGCAUGGCUGGAACGCCACAGGCGGAGCCGCGACGGCGGCGACAGCGACACAGAAAGAGUGGAGAGCGCUCCCCUCAAGGAAGCCAACCCCACGCCCGUUCCCAUCAGGAAAGACAGCGGCAAAGAUCGCGACUACGAUCCCGACACCGACGGUGCUCAGGGCAGCAGUCGUGCUGGUCUCAAGAUGCAUUGAUUAGCAAUGUAGGGAAAGUGGCAGGGCGUUUUUAGUGUUUCAUCUUCCGUUGCAUUAUAUGUACUUUUUUUUUCUUGCAUCUAUUGGGUACGAAUAGGACAAACAGAGUACGGGCGUGGUCAAGGUUGUUAUUUUCGAACGUGCAUAUCUUGUUGAUUAGAAAGAGUCUACCCCCCUGUUAGUGAGGUAUACCGGGCCCUUUUUUGGUGGGCGCGGAUAGUUUACAAGUACAUAAAAUGUAUGAUUAUCCUCUUCUAUGAU